CUCUUUUUAUGUCUACUCUCCUGCAACCGCCCGCUAUUCUUCUGGCCGUGUGGUACAUCAUGCGGCUUCCCAUAUCCUUCAGUUCUACUCCUUUCGGUGCCGAAUUCCUCAAAGAAAUUCGGUUCCGAGCUGAACUGCUCGGUGUCGAAGAAUGGCACACCGCGGACAACCGGGACGCAGUGGAGCAAUACGCACCUUUUAGAUUGGUUUUGCUCGGGUGUAUGUUAGCUAACAAGUGGUUGGACGAUCAUACGUUCUCGAACAAGACUUGGCACACCAUAUCCAACAUUCCAAUCCAGUCCUUGAACAGAUUGGAAUCCCUUGCUCUUGAUCUGUUCUCUUAUGACCUGUCCAUAGCGCCACUCGAAUGGUCUCAGUGGUUGCGUCGCGUUCUGGCCGGCCAUAUGUCACUCCCCACUCUUUCCCACCCUCAGCCGAUCUCUCGCCCAUCGUCGAAUCCUCAGUCAAUCAUGCGAAAAGCCGUGGAAGAUUUGAUAGCGAUUGAAGCCGUCAGUGCUAUGCCUCGUGCUUGUAACAGUCAGUCGUGCGUGCCCUCUCCUCCGGAGCCGGUCUUCUUGGGUCUCGAGGAUCGAAAGCGGGAGAAAAUGGACCACUACGGUGUUCCUGCUACCUCUGGCAUUGAAUUAUUGGACAUAGACUUGGAUGAGGAUGGCCCUCUUCGCGAAGAGUAUAUGCCGAAGCAUCGCAGAACCACUUCGAAUGCGGAUAAUGCCAGGCACGAGGUCGGGUGUAGACCCAUCACCGGCAGACAUAGCUGGGAAUCGACUGUGGACACGGGGAGAACUCUCCCGCCGCCAGCCAAGUGGAGCCCCGCCGCUGAUGAACCCAUCUUUCGAAAUGGGCGCAGCAGGCAGGAGGGGCAGUACGUUGCAGUUCAGCCGCCCAUGGUGCCGCCACCCGCUCCUAUCCUGGCGCCACGGUACACCUAUAAUCCGAUGUACGGCCUCGGAUACCAUCAAUCAGGGGUCGAGUACAUGCCUCCGUUGAAGAUCCAGCUCCCUCCCGGGCAUCAUCAGGCUUACGACUACGGCCAUUCCGCAGUGCCCAGCCAUUCAAGAUCCGUAUCAUACUCUAAUCCGCAGCAUGUCGCCAUGCAAUCUGUGACUCACAGCCGUUCGCAGUCUCAGUCGCGUCUUGAGUACGCUUGCAGUGACCUCCGGGUGACCGCCCAGAACAUGACACAGCUCCCUACUGCCGAACUGCAUUGGACUGGCGCCGAUCAGUACGUCUACGGUGCACCUUAUGGGUAUUCCUUUGGGCAAGUUCCCAGCUUCCAGCACCCUUCGAGUUGGAUCAGCGCCUGAUCCUCAAAUACCCGCCCACUGCGACGGCCUUAGACUUUUGCGGAGCUACCCCCAAUCCUCUGAUCCUGCCACCAUACAUCCAUUCAGUUGUCCCUCGAUGGCCAUAAUCUCCCGCCCUUUGCCCCUCAGUUUCGAACGAAGCAGGCGCCAGUCGCUUUCGAUGGUUCGAUCUUUCACUCGCUCCCUCAUGCCUGCCUGUCUGUGACUUGUUUGUCCCCGAACUGUUUCUCUGUUGCCAGCACUAUAUUUUUUAUCCGGCCCUCCCGCAACCCGAUGACAUAUCCAUCCUGUCCAUAAGGGACCUGGCCAUCUCGUCUCAUUCACGUCUCUGCACUCGAUCCUGUCAUGCCAUAUUUAUCCCGUCCAGUUGUGCGCCCCUCGUCGGGAGAGGUCAACAUGGAGCGUUGUCCGCUCUGCUCGACCGGGGAACGACGGAUCUCAUGGACCAAUUUACUUGGCAUUGUACGCACCCAAGCUACCCCAAGGCUUGUCAGCCUCGGGCAUGUGAUAACGUCCCGUACAGUCUUUUUUUUCGAUUUCGAUGUCCCUAUUCGAAGCGUCGAUGUGUUCAGUUUUCAUUUUGCCUUCUCACACUUUUUUUCCCGACCGGUAUAGUGACUUUGCUCCUUAAUCUUUCGUCAUCACGUCUUUUCUGCUGCUUUUUCGUCUGGUUGUUUCAUUCACCUAGCAUCUGUCACGAAACCCCAAAAAAACAUGCAGAAAACCUACGUAAAUCUCCAAAAACAUCUCCUCAUUAUCCCCGCCAUCGUCAUCUUCCAUCUUAUCCCUCCUCGUUCCAUAUUCGAUUGCACAUCGCAUCCGUUUUUACCCAUCCCUCGUAAUUCUCGAGUAUAAAUCACUCGUAUUUACUUCGGCAGCGGCUUUUCGCGUCCCUCGCUACUUCUCCUUCCCUUUAUAGGGUACCCUUAUGCGUCUCUUCGUGGUCCUGGAGUUUGUUGACGUAGCACUCGAGCUUCUCAAUGGAUCCACAAUUAUGCAG